GGUCAUGGAACGGUCAUGUGUGGAGCUCAUGAUCAACUCUAAAUAUAACCUUUGAUUUGAAUCAGUGCUUUCAGAGAAAGAAACAUGCAUCUUUUACAAAAAUGUCUUACGAAACCUAAACAAAAAGAUUAAGUUGUGACGUUUGUUCCAAGUUUCAGGAAAAGCGGAAAUUAUAAGAUUGUAAUACGUGUUUUCUAAGAAACCGCUAAAGAGAUUUCUACUGUUGCAAAACAUACUCUCGUCAGUAACUGGUCCAGCAGUUCAUGAUGGCAUUUUCUUUGAAGGUCUAUCUUUCCUGUUGGUUCCUUGGUGCUGCAGUACAGAGCGCCGUGUUCUUCAGUUUCAACGCAGUUGACUACUUCAACUUUUUCUUUCCCGAUGACUAUAAACCGGAAGUGUAUAUUGGAGUGACGGUGGGUGUAGGAGCAAGUCUUGGUGCUGUACUGACAGUCUGUUUUCCACCAAAAAAACACAACCUAAGAGUAUUACUUGCCACACUGAUCAUCUCUGCAGUCAUUCUGAUCGCAGAAGUUCUUGUCACGCCAUUAAGACAUUUGAUGAAAGAUGAAACGCGAUUUGGAAUUCUCCUGGCCUUAGUUUUCGUGGCGACAGUAGUUCAAAACUUUGGCGGAGGAGCUCUUUAUAACUUCAUUGGAAAACAUUUUCCAAAGUAUGGAGUACACGCAGCGCAAUCUGGAGGUGUCUGUGCGUUCGCAGCCACCUUCAUUGUUCGAUGCAUCUCUAAAGGAUCGUUCCAACAUGAGAAGGACGUCCACCGGGGGUUUAGACUGAGUGGUUAUAUGUUCGUAGCACUGGUUGACUUGAUCAUUCUGGUUGCCUCUUGCCUUACUGUACUCUUGCGUCGACACCAAAGAGAACAUAAUAAGAUUUUGAAUUCAUUUAAUCGAGACACAGAUCAAGAUAACAGCGAGAACCAACCACUGCUGCACAGCCAGGGAUCUAGUGCUAUUAUAUCCAGAAAAACAAUCAUUAUGGAGAAUUAUGGUCCACUUUUGACAAUCUGCCUGACGCUGGUCAUAUCUAAUGCUCUCUUUCCUGGAAUAACGUCUCAGUUCCAUGGCAAAUAUAACUGCARUACUUCGACUACUUCUAAGUUGAACUCCUCGGUACUAGAGGACAUCCACACGCCGACACCAUCGGUAACAAGCGACAAAACAGGUUGGUUUAUGGUCAUUCUCUUCGGCUGUUUCUCAGUUGCAGACGCCAUUGGCAAGAACCUACCAAUCGUUGCUAUCAUCUACAACAAGAGAACCGUUCUUUUUAAUCUGGUAGUACAGUUGAUCACAGCAGUUCCUGUCUUGUUGAUCUAUUUUGAGCCUUGUGUAUCUCAGCUGCAAGCGAACUGGGUCGCUGAUGUGACUGUUGGUCUUCUUGGGCUGGUCAAUGGAUAUGGUCUGUGUGCCGCCAUGAUGCUGUUAGCACCAGGGAACCCUGGCAAGAAGAACGAGGAAGGCAUGGCGACCAGUAUCGGCUUCAUGUUCCUUCAAGUGGGAAUACUGUUUGGAAUGGGAAUCUCAGUAUUCCUUGUCGAAUAUGUUUUUAUGAUUGCCAUGCCAAGCAAAAAAAUUUAGAGAAAAAGAACAGAAAUUUUAAUUUUUUAACAGAUUUUGUGAGUUACGUCACUUUAAGGUUCAGUUCACGGCGUAUUGCUUGCUUUCGAUGCUGAUAGCUAGCAGCAAUCACGCAUUUUCAUUUUCUUUUACUUAAACUUCUUAAAAAGUAUGUUUUAGCAUUUGAAAUGAUAAGAAAAAAGAAAGUGAAUGGAAUUAACUAGAGUAAUCGGAUAUUCCUCAAAUGCACGCCAAACGUAUGUGCCUAUAAGACUUACUUUUGUCACAAAUUUAAGGAACUCUAAGGGACUUCUCAUUAUUCAACGGGGGGGGUUUCGAAACAUUUUGAAAGCCAACCUAUAUAAUUAAGAAGCAAGUACAUGUGUGUAAAACUUAAAGGCCAAAGAUGUAUUAAAUUUUAAUUUUAGGCCAUUUCUUAAGUUUAUCGAUAACCUAGUCUAAUUAUGAGAGCCAUUCUGAUAGCAACUCACAGCUCUGAUCCAUCUUGGCAAUUGCAAAAGAUUGUUCAAUGAAUACUCAAGACUUGAAAUAAGUACUGUGAUUCGAUCGCGAAUAACUGAGAAUUAUAUAUGACUAUAAAUUUUUCCUUAAA